CUGAAAACCAAGUGAGGAGAUGAUUGUUUAUUCCGGUGUUCCUUUUCUCUGGACUGGAGGAGAUAGCACAUGAGGAAAAUCUGUUUUGCUGAAUUUGCCUUUGCUGUGGAAGGAUUGCACUGUACGACACCAGAGAAUACAGAGAGGAUAGACACUGCAGAUUGACCCUGACCAUCACCCAGUGAACAACUACACAACUGUGGGAAGACAUCCAGUCCCUUCGCAGCAUUGCUCAACACGGAGAAGGUUGGGUAGUGAAACCAUCAUCUGGAAAUCAGUUGGGUUAGGGGAACUUUGACAUAUUGUCAGAUCUGAAACUAGUCAGUUGUAUAGAGCCUUCCAUCGGAACCAACCUUUCUAAAGGUUCGGCUGUAGGUGAUUGGUCAGGGUGAGGCUGAGAAGAAGUGUGAGUGGCUCCAAGUGUUGGUGAGAGCUUCAAUCCUUCGUCAAGCCUCAUGAACCACUAACUCAUUGUUACAAGUGACGGCUGCUCAAGUGUGAGGUGUGUAAGGAGGACUUCAUGGAUUCCCCUGUUCAUAAGAUCCCUUAAUGCACAAGAUGAAUUUAUUGAUGCAAUUCUCAUGGAAGAUAAACCAUUUACUUGUGAGGUGUGUGACAAGCCAUUCUUGUGCUCAUCUGACUUCCUUCGACACCAACUCAUUCACACAGGGGAGAAGCCGUUCACAUGUGAGGUGUGUGACAAAUCAUUCUCACGACCAUCAAACCUUCGCAGACACCAACACAUUCACACAGGGGCGAAGCCAUUCACAUGUCAGGCGUGCAAGAAAUCAUUCUCACGGUUAUCAAACCUAAGCGUGCACCUACACAUUCACACUGGGGAGAAGCCAUUCCCAUGCCGGUUAUGCAAUAAAUCAUUCUCAAAUUCAUCGCAAUACCUCAUGCACCAACAUGUCCACACCAGAGAAGAAAUGUAUAUGUGCAAUGUGUGCAACAAAUCAUUCUCAACACCAUCAAACCUUAGAGAACACCAGCGCAUUCAUACAGGGGAGAAACCAUUUAGAUGUGAAGUUUGCGAUAAAGCGUUUUUAAACUUAUCGACCCUCCGCAGACACCAACGCAUUCACACAGGGGAGAAACCAUUCACAUGCGAGGUAUGCAAAGAAUCAUUCUCACAGUCAUCACACCUCCACACACACCAACGCAUUCACACAGGGGAAAAACCAUUCACAUGUGAGUUGUGUGACAAAUCGUUUUCACGAUUAUCAAUACUCCGCAAACACAAAUGCACUCCUACAGCAAAGAAACCCUAUCGAUGUGAGUUCUGUAAUAAAGCUUUCACACAGUUGUUGGAACUCUUGGAACAUCAGCGAACACAUACAGGAGACAAACCGUUCCAGUGUGAUGUGUGUCAGGAUUGUUUCACCUACUCCUCCUCUCUCACCAUACACCGACGGCUGCACACAGACUUGAUGCCAGAUUACCUGCUUCCAUCACACUGAGAGCUGUCUGUGUUGUUUACCCUCCAAUGCUCACAUAUGGGGAGCUGCCAUUCCAAAGCACUGUCUGUCUCAAACCUCUCUCACCAUCAGUCCAUUGUUUCAAAAAAGACAACUUAACCUGUCAGCGUCUCUCCAAAUAUCAAAAAGAAAAUAUUUCAAUAAGUAUAGAAGGUCCUGCUCAUGCACAAAUGUUAUUCUGUCUCUGGAAGGAUUUCCUCACCCACAGGAAGUAGGUGAUUCAGACAUAUCUGUGUUAGGAUUCACCACACACUAUAGAGGAGAGAAAUACAUCACGCUGCAAAAACUAUCAAGGUAUCUCUCUCCAUUGAGUACUAUUAUAAUUUGUUGAAUUCCUGAAGUCUGGGGUAGGAUUCAUUUUCCUGCCAAAUCAUAAGAUAUAUUCAAGCAUUCCCUUUGUAACCCUCGGUUUGAAUAUCUCAUGGACUGCAGGCUUUGUUGUUUGAUUGCAGCUCUCUCUUCAAGUGUGACCCAGUGAUACGUUAUACCACAGUACACUGGGGAUAGACUGGAGGGUAAAAGCUGACCCUGUGGAUUCAUGGUUGAAUUUUUCUCGUAUUAACUGUCAGAAUUGUCACCCUAAAGAAGUGAAACAUUGUCUUGUGAAUGAAGGGAAUCUUGUCCAUUUGACCUCAGUUUGUAGAUGAUCCUGAAGUCUCCAAAAAUCUUGUUGAAAUGUUACUUCCUUUAGUUGCGACUUUGGGUGGUUCUACCCAGCAAUGAAGGCUGAUCGUCUUUGUUCCACGUGGUCACAUAUUUGAGCUGUUCCUUGAAUUCCUCUCUUCAGUCAGCUGUUUUCAGGGUCAGCCAUUGAUCUUCUUCCUCUUGGACUAUGGGCCUUGUCUUGUCUUGGUGCCAGGUGGAUGCUCAUCACUGAUGGAACAAAUCAACGAUCUGUCCAGCAACGUCAAGCAUCCAAAUGGAUCGAAUGAUUCAGACAUCACUUCGAACUUUGACUUGGGUUUAGAUCUUUUAAGGCACCUCCGACUUGGUCUUUUUUUGCCAGGCAAAUUCAAGAAAAAUAAUGAGAUUGGCACCAGGAAUGCUUUAUUAUUUUCAUCGAUGUGACCAGCGUAUUUAAUUAGGAAAUCAUGGGGCUCUGUAGAUUGUGAUAUGAUGACUUGAUAUCAGAGAAACUACAUCCCAAUCCUGCAAGUCCUUCAUGAGGAUAUGACUGUAACUUCCUUGAGUGAGAGGUCUGAAACAGAAGUCUUCAAAAUCUAGUUUGAUGUGUGAUAGUCCCCAUUUUAUUUACAACCUACCUGACAGUAGGUAUUCACCUCAUCAAAGAUUAGUUGCCAUUAGUAUUAAACACGGUAUCAAUGGGAAACCUAAUUACCUCAGCCCCCUCUGUCAAAAUUAAACUGACCACCGUAACUAUUCUACAGUUUACAGAUGGCUGCAAUGUCAUUGUCCACUCUGCAACAGAUUUUCAAACCACUCUUGAUCUUUUCACCAGGCGAGAAACGGUGGCUCAGUGAUUGGCACCGCUGCCUCACAGUGCCAGGACAUGGGUUUUAUUCCAACCUCGG